ACGAUGGAGCUAUCUGAGGCAGCGACGGCAACCGCCAGCGACGAGCACCAGAGCCGUCCACUCUAUCUACAUACAAUGCUCGCUGGUGGUAUUGGUGGCUCGUCGGGUGAUAUGCUGAUGCAUUCGCUCGACACCGUCAAGACGAGGCAACAAGGCGACCCUCAUAUACCGCCGAGAUAUACGUCGACAUCAGCCUCAUAUCUCAAGAUAUUCCGCCAAGAAGGAUUUCGAAGGGGACUGUACAGCGGAGUUACGCCUGCGCUGAUGGGCUCGUUCCCUGGCACAGUUAUCUUCUUCGGCACUUAUGAGUGGUCGAAACGGAAUAUGCUGGAUUAUGGAAUCAAUCCUACUCUAACGUAUUUAUCUGCCGGCUUCGUCGCUGAUUUAGCCGCAUCUAUUGUCUACGUUCCGUCGGAGGUCCUCAAAACGCGAUUGCAGCUCCAGGGACGAUACAAUAACCCAUACUUUAAUUCAGGAUACAAUUACCGCUCAAUGACGGAUGCCUUCCGAACCAUCGUUCGAACAGAAGGCUUCGGCGCCAUGUUCUCCGGCUACAAGGCGACUAUCUUUCGCGACCUGCCGUUCUCGGCGUUGCAAUUUGCAUUCUAUGAACAGGAGCAGCACUGGGCGAAGGAGUUGGUUGAAUCGCGAGAUAUCGGGCUCUCCCUCGAAGUCCUCACGGCCACGACGGCCGGUGGUAUGGCUGGCGUUUUGACAUGUCCAUUGGAUGUGGUCAAGACGCGGAUUCAGACACAGCAGAAUCCGGAUACACAAAAGCCGACGUCAUCAUCGUCACAGAAAUCGCAAUCGCCCUCGUCGUCAUCUUCGACGGUAGAGCACUCCUCGAAGGAUACUCGACCGCAUUCACAUCAUACUACUAAUACCUCGACAACCACAUUAAAGAACCGCUCACGACCUAUCUCCACUUCAUCCCCCUCUACAUCCACUGUGCAGCCUGGCGCUCCCAUUCUGAACACAUCUUCGAUCUUCACGGGGUUGAGGCUCCUCUACAAAUCCGAGGGCCUAGCCGGCUGGUUCCGUGGAGUGGGACCGCGCGCAGUGUGGACCAGCGUGCAGAGUGGCACGAUGCUGGUCAUGUACCAAUACCUGUUGAAGCAGUUCGAGUCCUGGCAGCAGCCGCAGCAGCAGCCG